AUGUUGCACAUGGCUCCAAAUCUAAGAUUAGGUGUUUCCUUGUUGUUUAUACUGUUAAGCUUUCUUGUAAUUGGACAUUUGAAUGCGGAAUUGGAAAAUGAAGUUUUGCAUAGUAAAGUAAGAGCUGCCCCACAUAAGGAUGUUGGAUCCGUUGUAAUUGAUGGUACUGGUGUAGAGAAUUUGUAUAAGGUUGAGAAUGGAAAUAAUGUGGUGGGAAAUAAGAAGGGUGGAAGUAAUAGAGUUUCGGUUUCGACUGUUGCGUUAUUUACAUUGGCAAUGGCAGCUGCUACUGGUUUAGGUGCAGUGCCGUUCUUCUUUGUAGAACUUGAUCCACAAUGGGCCGGGUUAUGUAACGGAAUGGCUGCAGGUGUUAUGUUGGCUGCAAGUUUUGAUUUAAUACAGGAAGGGCAGGAGUAUGGUUCUGGAAGCUGGGUUGUUACUGGAAUUCUAGCUGGUGGUAUCUUUAUUUGGCUAUGUAAAAAGUUUCUUGAGCAAUACGGGGAAGUAAGCAUGUUGGAUCUAAAAGGUGCUGAUGCAACCAAAGUUGUUCUUGUUAUUGGAAUAAUGACUCUUCAUUCUUUUGGAGAGGGAUCUGGGGUUGGGGUUUCCUUUGCUGGCUCAAAGGGUUUUAGUCAAGGCCUGUUGGUAACCUUGGCUAUUGCGGUGCACAACAUACCAGAGGGAUUAGCUGUGAGCAUGGUGCUUGCUUCAAGGGGUGUUUCUCCACAGAAUGCUAUGUUAUGGAGUGUAAUUACAUCUCUACCACAGCCAAUUGUAGCUGUUCCUUCUUUCAUAUGUGCGGAUGCAUUCAGCAAGUUUCUUCCUUUUUGUACGGGGUUUGCUGCUGGAUGCAUGAUUUGGAUGGUUAUUGCUGAAGUACUUCCUGAUGCAUUCAAGGAAGCCUCACCUUCACAGGUUGCAUCAGCUGCAACCCUUUCUGUAGCAUUUAUGGAAGCUCUCAGCACCUUCUUUCAGAACUUCACCCAUGAUUACAGCUCUGAGGAUGCUUCUGGCUUCUUUGUUUCAUUACUUUUUGGCCUUGGCCCGUUCCUUGGCGGGAUUUUUCUGGUUGCAUUUGCUCUUGCUUUUCAUCUCAAGCACGCCCUUCUCAUGGGCACUGCUUGCGGUAUUGCCUUUGUCCUUGGUGCAUGGCGACCCUUGCAGCUUAUUUUAUCUUCAAAAUUGGGACUUAUUCCCGUCACGUCUCUCCUUGCAAUGGGAGCCGCUCUGGUCCACAUAUCUUCCUCUGGUGUAUUGAAGCUUGCUGCUUCAAAAAAAUCCUCAGCCCAUAGCUUACCUACAAUCACUGGCUUCCCACUCAGUAUUCACACCCUUCAAUCAUUCAUAUCAUGUGGUGCAGUUGCUUUUCAUGCUCUGGCUGAAGGACUUGCAUUGGGAGUGGCUGCACCAAAGGCAUAUGGACUUGGUCGUCAUAUGGUCCUUCCAGUCUCUUUACACGGGCUUCCUCGAGGUGCAGCUGUGGCUAGCUGUAUAUUUGGAGCCACUGAUAGCUGGCAUGGUUCUCUUGCAGCAGCUGCCAUAAUUGGAUUUAUGGGUCCGAUAUCUGCAAUUGGAGCUAUUCUAAGUGGUAUCGAUUAUAGUGGUCUUGACCACAUCAUGGUUCUUGCCUGUGGGGGAUUAAUUCCUAGCUUUAGCAGUGUAGUUAAGAGAUCGCUUAGUUUGGAUAAACGGAAGAGCACUUGUGGCCUUAUCAUAGGUAUCAGUUUUGCUACUUUAUGUCUAACAUUCACUAGAUUGGUUUGCUUGCAUACACCAUACUGUAAUUCUGCGCCAGAGGCUGUUAGAUAA